AUGUCAUCCGACGAAGAGAGAGCCAGUGGCAAGGUGCCCAACCUGGGCGAGAAAUCCGUCCAACAUACCCCCAGCAUCGAACUAUACAACAAUGCGGAGGUCACACAAGACAACGGCAUACUCUCGAAGCUCCGCCGCUUCGAAGCCUCAAUGGAUGCCAAGUUCGGUGUUGAAGCUGAGGCCAUCAGUCGCAAGCUGCCUGAAGACAAGCGUCCGGUCCCGUGGCACGAACAGCUCAGCAUGGCCCUGCUUUGGGCAUCAGGAACAAUGAAUACAUCGUGUUUCGCGACUGGUUUUCUUGGAUGGGAGUUCGGCCUGUCUCUCAAGCAGUCGAUCCUCAUCGUCAUCUUCUCCUCGAUUCUAGGCGCCGCGCUGACCGGCUUCGCUGCCACAUUUGGUGCGGCGACUGGACUGCGACAGAUCUCGGUAUCGCGCUAUAGCUUUGGCUGGUGGCCGAACAAGGUAAUCGCAGCCCUCAACACAAUUGUGCAGAUCGGCUGGGCGUCUGUCAGUUGCAUUACUGGCGGCUUGGCCCUAACGGCCGUCUCCGAUGGCCACCUUUCCCUCGUUGUGGGAAUCAUCAUCCUGGCUGUCGUUGCCAUGCUGAUCUCGUUUGUCGGCUUGAGAGCCAUCCUCGUCUAUGAACGCUAUGCGUGGUUCAUCUUCUUCGUCAUCUUCCUGAUUUUCUUCGGAGAGACUGGGAGGUUCGCUGACAACUCAACCCCGGCGUCCCUCAAAGGUGCCGAUCUCACCGGCGGCGUACUCAGCCUUAUUGCCAUCAUUUACGGUAGCUCGGCCUCCUGGUGCACAAUGGCCUCUGACUACUACGUCCACUACCCGGCCGACGUCUCGCGUAUCAAAGUCUUCCUCAUGACCACCUUCGGCAUCGCCAUACCCACCUCAAUCGGCAUGCUCGCCGGCUGCGUAGCCUCCUCAGCCCUAAACAACAAGCCCACCUGGCUGUCCGCCUACAAAGACGACGGUCUCGGCUACCUGAUCCAAACAAUGCUACAUCCGCGCGGCUUCGCCAAAUUUAUCUUGACUCUGCUCGUGCUCUCCGGCAUCAACGUCAACAUCAUCAGCAUCUACAGCUCCGCCAUCUCGUGCCAACAGUUCGCCCGUCCCUUCUCGCGCGUGCCUCGCUUCAUCUGGACGCUGGCAUGCUUCGCCGCCAUCCUGGGCCUGGCUCUCGGUGGCCGCGAGCAGCUCAAUGCCUACCUGCAGAAUUUCCUGAGUCUGCUCGGAUACUGGUGCACGCAGUACUUUGUCAUCGUCUUUGCGGAGCAUUGGCUCUUUCGAAAGGGAAAGUUCGAGAAUUAUGACCUCGAGGGCUGGAACGACCCUGCUCGAUUGCCCUUGGGGUUGGCGGCCGGCGUGGCGUUUUCACUGGGAAUCGUUGCGUGGAUCUGCGGCAUGUCACAGACGUGGUACGUCGGCCCACUAAGCAAGCUCAUCGGAAGCUCGGGAGGCGACGUGGCCAACGAGUUCACGUUUGUCGUCACACUGGUUACGUUCAUUCCGCUGCGGUACCUGGAGCUGAAGUAUAUUGGGAGGUAG